AUGGUAAUAAAACUUGCAAUCUGUUUGUUGAUUAUUUUAUCUGUCCAUGCCGAAGAUGUAUUUAUCAACACAGCUGGUCUACGUGAAUGUGCGGUGAAAAAUGACCGUAUGUGGGAUCCGAUCUCUGACAUUCCGUGCGGCUGGGCGUGUAUGGGAAAAGGGUGUGAUAGGGGUGGAUGUGAGAAGAGAUGGCACAUUGUGGAUGGACAGAAAAAGUUCGAUUCUUCUUCAAUUCCUCGAACCGAUGAUUAUCGAUGGCUUUGUACGUUCCGUGCAGUUGGGCGUGUAUGGGAAAAGGGUGUGAUAGGGGUGGAUGUGAGAAGAGAUGGCACAUUGUGGAUGGACAGAAAAAGUUCGAUUCUUCUUCAAUUCCUCGAACCGAUGAUUAUCGAUGGCUUUGUGUAUGCAGUUCAUGUUAUGGAGCACAGGGGCGACGAUUUUACA